CCUCACCUGCGAGACGGUCCGUCGCGUGCCGGCGCCUGUCUCUCCACAACGUCGGUCUCGCUUGUCACACGGCGAAAUCACACUUUUCACACACGCAAAAACCACAUCUCGUUACGAUCACAGUGUUCUUAUUGAAAAUGCUGUUAACAGAGAACGUGCGGUGCCGUUAAAUAGGGCAUCUGGCGUCGGGGACUUCUCGGACGGCUCGAAGAUGGCGCACGUCGCAAACUGAACACUUCCGAGCUGAGACCCGUUCCCCUGUAGCCACGUCGGCCACUUCUCUUCCAAUCUCUCCGAAGCCCGGCGUGCCGUCUUUCCGCGGAAUCCCGUGGCUCCUCGUGGCGAUUGGCCGACCAGGCCGACUGGCGACUGCCUUGAAGCUCGCUGGAAACUGCAGCUCGAACCUCGCGUGUUCGAAGAUAAACUGGCUGUUGCCAGUAAAAAAAACGAAAUUUAAAAAUUUAAAAAUUGCAUUUCGUUCCUCUCAAAUAAAUCCCAAUAAAUCAGUUAAUAUAUAUAUUCCGGAAUUCCUUUCGUCUUUUUCACAAUUAUUGGAAGAAUGAAAUGCGAUAAAUUUAACUGCAAUAAGGGAUAACGCUGUCCCUGAACUCCCUGAAGGGCUCAUGUUUAUUUAGGACCGUAAACCCGUUAUUCAACUAUUUCCGGUCAGCUGAUUUAACUGGUGAGAGAAAUGAACGCCGAUAAUUUUCGAUGCUGUCAUUUGUCAUUUUUUUUUUCCACUGGCGGUAGUCAGGUGUGUUUUCGAACGCGCCGUUGAACGGCGCAUAUAUCUGGAGUUGGAGUCUGGAGUAGAGGUUUCGUUUCUGUCGUGUCGGAUGCUCCAUGGUGGCCGACGCCGGGUCAUUUUCCAAAGAUAUCGCGGAUUAUUCGUUAUUCUUGUUGUAUAACCUACGAAAAAACGCAAUCUGUCAGUCUUUAUAUUAUAUUCUUCGUACAUUCUCAGAAUUGGUAUAAUAAAAAGAUGUAUAAGCGCGCGGUAACCGGUAGUGCCGUGAUACUGGCGAGAAAUUUAGGAUUUGUUAAGGACCACGCGUUUGCCAGUGCAGGAAGUAAAACGUUUAGCUCGAUCACCCAGAACUCGCGGUACAAAGCGCUAACCCCGAUAAACACUAUCAUAAUGUUCGUUCCGCAACAACAGGCAUGGAUCGUGGAACGAAUGGGGAAGUUCCAUAAAAUUUUAGAGCCAGGCCUGAACAUUUUACUUCCCGUCAUCGACAAAGUCAGAUACGUACAAAUUUUGAAGGAACUGGCGAUAGAUGUGCCACAGCAGAGCGCCGUUACAUCGGAUAACGUGACUCUAAGUAUCGACGCGGUAUUGUAUUUAAGAGUUACUGAUCCUUAUCUAGCAUCUUAUGGUGUUGAGGAUGCCGAGUUUGCGGUAAUUCAAGUAGCCCAAACCACCAUGAGAUCUGAGUUAGGAAAGAUAUCUUUAGAUAAAGUAUUUAGGGAAAGGGAAGGGUUAAAUGUUUCCAUUGUUGAAAGUAUCAAUAAGGCCAGUGGCGCGUGGGGAAUAACGUGCCUGCGAUAUGAGAUACGGGAUAUAAAGUUACCAUCGAGGGUGCAAGAAGCGAUGCAAAUGCAGGUGGAAGCCGAACGAAAGAAACGUGCCGCUAUAUUGGAAUCUGAAGGUGUUAGAGAGGCUGAGAUAAAUGUGGCCGAGGGCAAACGACUCGCACAAAUUUUAGCUUCAGAAGCGGCAAGGCAAGAGCAAAUAAAUAGAGCUACUGGAGAAUCUGCGGCAAUAGUGGCAGUGGCGGAGGCAAGGGCCAAGGGAUUACAGGUGGUUGCAAAUGCCCUUGGCGCGACGGAUGCGAAAAACGCAGCGGCACUCAGCGUAGCAGAACAAUAUGUCAAUGCGUUUAACAAGCUAGCAAAAGUUAAUAAUACAUUAAUAUUGCCAAGCAAUGUAGGAGACGUUCCAACAUUCGUAGCGCAGGCGAUGGCAAUUUAUAAACAAGUAAUGCCGGGACACAACAAUAAUGAACAAACAAAACAAAUAACGAGUAAUCAAUCGAGUGCUUCAGUUCAAAGGGAGGAAUCCGAUGAAGCAUUUGAAUACUUCAGCGACAAGGAAGAGGCUGAAAAGCACAGGAAAAACGUGGAAAAGCAAAAGCCCCGAAUAUUAUAAAUAUGUAUACCUGCAAUAAAAAAGUAUUUUCAUAUUUUUCAAGUUAUUUAAUUGAAUUUUGCAAUGUAAAUAUCAUGAUUUACGAUCAUAAAGCAUUAAACCGAAUCUAAUUUAUUA